CCUGUUCUAGAAAAUUGUUUUUCAUCUUACUUCCAUUACUGAAGCUCGUCUGCGUGGAGAAUCUAAUAAAGCUCCUUAAUGGCCUUCUGCACGUCUUGGUGGGUUCUGAUAGGGCUUUUAGGUGUUUGCUGUGAAGCAACCAAGCCAGUAGAUAAGAUGUGCACUGAGCUUAUUACUAACAGAAGUUACAGUUGUGAAGGUUUGGAGCUGACCAAGAUUCCAGAUCAACUGCCGUCCAUGACAAAAGUUCUUGAUUUCAGCUUUAACUACCUGUAUUCCCUUCAUCCCUCAACAUUCAGCAAGCUGAGGGAGCUGGUGUUUUUAGAUUUAACAAGGUGCCAGAUUAAUUGGGUAUAUGAAGAUGCAUUUGAGAACAAUUCUCAUCUGGAAACUAUAAUCUUGAUGGGAAAUCUUCUUCUUUUCAUUGGAAAUACAGCAUUUGCAGGACCUCUGUCACUGAAGCACCUUGACCUCACCCAAACAGGACUCACUGGUUUAAGAUUUAUUCCCAUGCAAGAUCUGGGUAGCCUGGAAAUCCUGAUACUAGGAAACAACUACAUUCAAUCUCUAAAGUUCCCAUCAAAUUUCAAAACUAGAAACCUAAAAUAUUUGGAUUUUCAGAUGAACAACAUCCAAAAAAUAUCUGCUAAAGAUGUAAUGCUAUUUAAAAAAUUAAGCAAUCUGACUCUCAUACUAAAAGGGAAUGAUAUUGUGCAUAUUGACACUGGGGCUUUUAGCUCUAUUUCUUUUUACAGUUUGGACUUGAGCGGUUGUGUUGAUAUUCCCAUCAUCUUGAAAGGUUUAGAAGGGGGUCGAUCUGUUGCUCUUCAUCUUGGGACUUUUUUGGAUUCAGAUGUACUUCCAAUAAGUCCUACUGCACUGCAGAGCAUUGGCAAUGUAUCUGUAGACCACCUCACUCUCCAGUAUCGUACUUUCCUAAAUCUCUCUUGUGAAACAUUCAAGUGGUUGACUAAACUUCAGACACUGGACUUGACCCAUACCUCACUCUCUGAGAUACCUCUUGGACAUCAUAAGAUAGAUAUGCUGAAGGAAAUAAAUCUCAACAACAAUGAAUUUGUCCACCUUUGUGACAUCAGACCUUCUGCUUACCCCACUGUCACACAUCUGUACAUCAGAGGAAAUUCUAAGGAAUUGGAUUUGGGUGCUGGAUGUUUAGACUCUUUGUCAAACCUUCAAUAUCUUGACUUGAGCAACAGUCAGAUAGAAGAUUUGGAUUGCUGCAGGAAGCAGUUCUCUGUGCUGAACACUUUGCAACAUGUUAACAUGAGCUACAACAAGAAGUUGUUACUCCAUAGUACAGCCUUUAAUGGAUCUGCUCACUUGAAGGUCCUGGAUCUGGCUUUCACACGCAUUGAAACCACUAAUGCCUCCGAGGGACCUUUUAGCAAUCUGCGUUUUUUGCAGAUCCUAAACCUUUCGUUUUCUCAAAUUGGUCCAAAUAUUCAGCACAUCUUACAAGGUCUAGAGUCUCUUCGUGUCUUAAAUCUAAAGGGAAAUAAUUUUGAACCUGAGACCAUUCUGAAUGGCCACCUUUUUCAGCAAGUGUACAAUUUAGAGGUGUUAAUUUUAUCUCACUGCAAAUUGUUGGCCAUAGAAACCAAAGCCUUUUCCGCCCUCAGAAAGCUACAGCAUGUGGACGUGAGCCACAACGAUCUUAUUACAUUCAAUUCAGGAGCCUUUUUUAAUCUUAGGAACAUCUAUCUCAAUUUUGCCAAUAACGGGAUCCAUAUUAUCCCACGUGAUAUGCUGACUAAUUUAUCUGGCCAGAGCAUAAUCAAUUUAAGUUACAAUCCACUGGAAUGCACCUGUUCCAAUACUGGAUUAUUAACUUGGUACAAGCAAAACAUAGAUAAAAUUGAAGGCUUUGAAGAGACAGUCUGCUCUGAGCCCAAGUCACUAGCUGGUACUAAGCUCCUCUUUGUAAAUCUGUCUUGUGGGUAUAGCACUGCGAAGGUAAUAUUGAUUACCUUUGUUGUGAUAACAGUAAUUGCAGUGACCUUCAUUCUGAUCAUACGCUUUUUAUAAAGAAAGUACCAACACAUUUAA